AUGGAUAUUCUGAAACAAUUGGAACAAAAAAUAGAUUUUAUAAAUGAAAGAGUUAUCAAAUUGGAAAAAGAAAACAAAUUAAUCGAAUAUAAACUUAAGGAAUUAAAAUGUUACAGUAAUAUUGCUACAAGGGGUUGUCAUCAUUUGAAAGGAUGUGAAAGUGGCAUAUACAAUAUAAUUAAUCCACAAAUCAGCAAUAAUUCAUUUCAGGUUUCGUGCGAUUUAGAAACUCUUGGGGGCGGUUGGACUAUCAUACAGCGACGUCAAGAUGGUUCAGAAAAUUUCUAUAGAAAUUGGUCUGAGUAUACUAUUGGCUUCGGCAAUAUCACUAAUGAAUUUUUUAUGGGACUCAACAAACUGCAUGCCCUCACCUCUCUGGCAGAUCCACAAGAACUAUACAUAAUAUUAGAGGAUUUUAAAGGGGACAAAAAAUAUGCCAGAUAUGGAAUAUUUAAAAUUGAUUCAGAGAGCACAGAUUAUACGUUAACAGUGGAUGAUUAUUCCGGAAAUGCCGGUGAUAGUUUACAAUUUCAUAAUGGUAGUAAAUUUAGUACCAAUGAUCGGGACAAUGACAUAUAUUCCGGAAAUUGUGCCGAAUCGUUUAAGGGUAGUUGGUGGUAUAAGAACUGCUACUAUAGCAAUUUGAAUGGAAAAUAUUAUAAAAACACAACAUCACGUUUCGAUGGCGUCAACUGGAGGACAUUUAGAAAUUUCGAUUCGCUAAAAUUUGUACAAAUGAUGAUACGUCCAAAGGAAAAUUAAAAUAUUUCUUUUACAUUUAUUAUUACGCAUAAAAAAUUACAACAUAAUAAACGCCAAUUAAU